AUGCCAGAAAAGGGCAUGGAAGACACAGAUGCUUUAAAUAGUGAUUUAACUGAAUCAGCUGGGACAGAAUGGGUAAACUUACUUCAAUUGAAAAAAUCCGAUCGUUUCGGAAUGGGUUGGUGGGACCCUGAGCCGUGGCUUGGGGAGCCUCAACCCCCGGCCCCUCUGAUGCCACCUGUUCGUCCGGGGCCUCCCAAGCCUCCCGCGCCCUUGGAUCAAGCUCGUCCACCUGCGCCCUUAGUCCAGCCUCCAGCACCCAUCCAGAAUAGCCAUCAUGGAACGAAUUCGAUCGACCACGAUCACGUGACACGUGGUGGAGUGCAUGCUGAAGAUAUCAACUGUGUGCGAUCGAACGGUGUUACACUUUUGUCUGCUGUUCUAAUUCCACCUCCGGAAUAUGCCUCCCAACCAGUGUUCGAAGACGCAAGUGGACCCAAUUAUUCUCCAGCAGACUGCGCCAUGAGGCCCAACGAAGUCCAGGGCUACCCUUCAAGGCUAACCUUUGCCAUGUACGUCCAGCACUUCCAGAAGUGUGGAGUUCGCGUGCAGCAAGGUUCAGACGGAAAGGAAUGGAUAUCUGUCACAUUACGCUUUCCUUACAUGGAGGGGCUGCGCAUGGCCGAGGAUGAAUAUGUAAUGGUGAUGUGCAAGCCACAGGACCGCGUAGCAACUACACAUCACGUGGUGGACAUACGUGGAACAGCUUCGGAGGGACGAUCCAUGCAGACGAAAAAGGUUUUCCGGAGCAACACCCGUGACGUAGCUUGCCGGAUGUCCCUCAUGUCCAAAGCUCAAGGCAGCCGCAGUUUCAACAAAGAGAUGAAAUCUGGGGCCAUGGUGCGAGUAGGACAGGAUCUGCAAAUCAGAGGAAUUGUGAAAGAAGGAGAUGGUUGGAACUACGCAAUGUUGAAAGACGUAAUCAUAUCUCGAGUGCCUGGUAACAAAGUACUCGCCAGUCCUCGUACGUUUCCUUCCAGCAGCUUGGAUCUCUUGGGCAACGGUGUGGAUGUUGGCGAAGUGUACAGAGAUAACAGACCCGUUAAAGUUGCUGACUCGGCAUCGCACGAUUUGGCUCAGCUGGUGUUCAGCGACGGAUGCCGCAAUCCUUCUUAUCGUCCUGUCGCCCCUUUUCAUCCUCAGAGGGACCCCAAGAAUCCUUUGUCCGUCAGUUUCACCUUCAAGGCGUUCAUGUUUCAAGACAUGCUGGAUGGAGAAUCUUUACGGUUGUCUGCACAAGUCGUCGCUUGCUCUGAACUUGCUGAUUGUCAACAACUCUUCUGCGACGGCCAGAGGGGUCUCGGAAGGAGAAAACGCAACACGUAUGACAACUCAUCAGUGCUGGACAUCAGCAGCAAUGUGAGGAACUUCAGCGAGGAUUUUCAGCUGGUCGUUUCGAUGGGAGGAUAUUCAAAAACUGCGAUUGCCUCAACUGAUACUGAUGAGAAUUUACAGAUGAAUUCUUUAUCUGCAAAUUGUAAACUGAUGUUAAUUUCGGUUUCCAGCGCAGCUCUGUUAUUCAGUCUGAUAACUACUUCUGUAGCAGCUAUUGCAAUCGGCAGCAAAAGAAAAGGCCUGAUGGCGCCAAAUAAAAAUUUUGCUCCUCCUCCACGUCAGAGAAUGGCCAAUGCUAUUUCAUAA